AUGCCACCACCACGCCCUCCCUUCUCUUCGCUCCCCCUCUCACCUUCCGGCCCACCCCUAAACGCAUGGUCCCUCUACGGCCCCUCCGACACCCUCGGUGCCCUGAACACGCUCACUCCCACAGUCACCCGCGCCGCCGCCCUUGAAAUCCGAACCGGCAACCGAAUCUCCCUAGACUGGUACCUCAACCUACCAUCCCACCCCUCCUUCUCCAGGCCCCCUUUUGCGCAUAAAAUGACCAAUAAAACCCACCCAGACGGCACCAAGCGAACCGUCAACGACGACCAUCUGGAUUUCAACACGCAGUGCAGUAGCCAAUGGGACGGACUGCGGCAUUAUGGGUAUCAGGGAAGAAAGCUGUAUUACGGGGGCCGAACGCAGGAGGAUCUUGAGGAUUCAGAUAUACUAGGCAUCGACGGUGUAGCGCACAAAGGCGGUAUUGUAACGAGGGGUGUUAUUCUAGACUACCCGCGGUGGCUGGAGAGGCGAGGAGAGAAAGAGGUGUAUGCGCUACAAGCGGAGAGUAUAGGAGCGGAGGUGUUGGAGGAGAUGCUAAGAGAGACGGGCGUGCAGACUAGAGAGGGGGAUUUGUUACUUCUGCGAACGGGGUUUACGAGGGAUUAUGCGGGUUUGGGGGAGGAGGAGCGGAAGGCGUUGGCGGGGAAGCCGCCGCAGUUUUUGGGGGUGAGGAGCGAUGAGGGAGUGUUGAGGUGGAUUUGGGCGAGUGGGUUUGCUGCUGUUGCAUCUGACGCCCCCUCCUUCGAAAUGGCACCACUAGUAGGUCCGCACACCACCCCAGGCAACCUCUGGGCCGGAAAACCCUGGGAGCAAGAACUACAAGGCGGUGGACUGAUACACCAAGUCCUUCUCGGUGGGUGGGGCGUCAUGAUUGGCGAGAUGUUCGAUUUAGAACGCUUGUGUGAGAAAAGUGUGGAGUUGGGGCGGAGCACCUGCUUCGUCAGUAGUGUGCCGUUGAAAGUUCCUGGUGGUGUAGCGAGUCCACCGAAUGCUGUCGCCAUUUUCUAG